GGCCUCCUUAUAUCUUUGUUUCUACUCCAGCUUGUGUCCAAAGAUGUCUUUCAUCAGGUGUUCUUCAAGCAAAAUCCGUUCAUGAUUAUCUUUCAAUUAUUAUUCUUGAUAAGGUAUGGAUUCUUUUCUUUCUGUAACAUUUAUAAUACUCUUUAUUAAAGUACUGAUUCAUGUUAGUAAAUCAGGCAGAUCUUCUUUUUACAUAUGGAUAUGAAAAGAAUCUCAAAGAUCUCAAAACUCACAUUCCUAAAAGAUGUCAAUGCCUUCUCAUGGCUGCUACCUCAAGCUUGAAGAAGCUUUAUCUACACAAUCCCUAUAUUCUUACUUUAGCAGAAGUUGGUGAUGGAAAGGACGAAAUUGUCCCCAAAAAUGUUCAGCAAUUUUGGUUUGGUAUAAAAUCUGCUGUGUUAAAUGCUGAAUUGCCUGUGAAUUGACGUCUACAUAUUCUUGAGAAAACAAAUUUCCUGGGCGGGAAAGAAGCAGACAUACUUGCUGGUAAGAUGAGUAUGGUACAGUUGCAAGGGCGGGACCAGUUGCUGACAGCACAAAAUGAAAUGCUCAAGGUACUCUACUCUACUGCUUCAUCAUAUAUGUCUGCAAGUUUGGUUGGCAGUUUCCCUUAUUACAGAUGCGUUGGCUGCAUCUGGUCAGGCGUUGAUUGCUAGUUCGGUUUCAAAAGGGAAUUAUAGAUCUGUGAAGGAUAUCACAUACUUCGUGUUGACUAUUGGUUUUGUGAUGGGUGUUACUUUGGCUGCAAUAUUGGGAGUUUCAUUUGGUUCCAUAGUCACACUGUUCACUAAGGACAUUGGAGUAUUGGCGAUUGCUAGAACCGGGGUUUUGUUUGUGAGUGCUAGUCAGCCUUUGAAUGCUUUUGCUUUUAUUGUUGAUGGUUUGCAUUAUGGAGUUUCAGACUUCCCGUAUGCUGCUUAUUCCAUGAUGCUUGUUGGGAUUUUAUCGUCUGUAAUUGCAACUUGUUAUGAGAUGGUAUUACCACAUUUUUCAUACUAA